AUGGCAGACCAGGAGCUGUAUCAGGAGCAGGACACGAGUGCCGCUCUCAACACACUCUUCCACACCACGCAGGAAGAGUACCCCCUCGAGCUGUCCAUUGAUCCAGCCCUGAGCGAGGGCGCAGAGGGCUCGGCGUCAGCGGCGGCGACGGCGCUGGCAGGGCCGGCGUCAGACCCCGCCGAUGCCUCCGAGUCCGCUAACGGCGCCGAAGGAGCAACCGGAGGUACGCAGGGAGCGACCGAGAGCCCCGAUGAGCCUCCGCCAAAGCGGCGCGCAACCAGCCGAGCGAACAUGCUCGCGCGCGGCGGUGCUUGCGAGUUCUGCAAGCGCCGUAAGCUCAAGUGCACUGCCGAGCUGCCGCAGUGCGCGUCCUGCCGCCGCACCGGGCGUGAGUGCGUGUACUCGCAGAAGAAGCAGCGGUCCCGCGUGCGUAUUCUCGAGGACAGGCUUAUGGAGCUUGAGAAGCGGCUCUCUGAGCGCGAUGCGGGUGCCGGCGGGACGCAGGCGGGCUCAAGGCCGAAUACGGGCACGGCCGACUCGACGCCGAUGGCCAACUAUGAUGCGCCGAGCAGUGGUGUCGACCUCUUCAGCCUCGGUCUCGGGGACGGACUCACUCUCGCCGAUGUACCUAUGAAGCGCACCGAGCCGGACCUCAUGACGCUCGCCGACGCUGCCGCUGCCGACACGGGACGGUAUCCGUGGGAAGGCAUGAGCGGGCAGGACAUCGCGAGCGCGCUCGUCAAGCACAUUAACGACAAGGACAAGGGCAUCGGGCAGAAAAUCCUGCAGCAUCUGCUCCAGAUCUACUCUCAGUCGUCGCCGUACCGGCUGGUAUCGACGGUGGUGUCUCCGCAGAUGCUCUUCGCGCGCGCCUCCGGUCCGGCGCUGCAGCACCCGCACAACAGCCUCAUUGCUGCUUUGGUCCCGAACAUCAUGUGGAUGUCGCCGAGUGAGACGCUGCACAACCCCCAGACGAUCAGCACGGUCACAGAGGCGCUGGUCCAGCUUUCUCGUGUGCUCUCCGCCGCCGGGCUGGCAAACAUGGACCCGCGGAUCGUGGACCUUGUCGCGGCAGCUUCUCUGCGCUGCAUCGCAUUGACGUCGCAGGGGCGGUUCGUGGACGGGUGGAACGAGAACUCGCACGCUGCAGGUCUGAUCUGGAGUACGGGAAUGGGCAAGCUCGGCGGUGUCGGCGAACUCUUCCUGUCGCCGGGACAACGGCCUACUGACCGCGCGGCGCGUGUUCAUCGCGAGGAGCGCUUGCGCAUGAUCAGAGGCAAGGGCCAGAUCGUGCCACCCGCAGCGGACCGCGCCGAGCUCGCCGAACGCAUCCGUCUCUUCUGGAGCGCAUACCUCAUCGACCGAUCCAGUGCGCUGGGCUGGUGCUGGCCCGCGGUGCUUGACGAGCGCGAGAUCAGCACGCCGUUCCCGCACGACGACGCCGAGGGCGACGACGCACUCUGCGAGCACACGACGCUGAACGACUUUCUGGCUGGCCGUGCCGUCGGCGGCCCCGAUUCCCUCCUGACCGCGACAAUCAAGGGCGUCACGCUGGCAUAUGAAGCCUCUCGACUUCUCGACCGCGCGCCCUCUCUCGCGAACGCGGAGGCGACGUCCCGUCUCCUGCGCCUAGUCAAGCGACACAUGGUGACGCUGCGCCCCUUCGAGCCGUCGAGCCGCGAAGAAGCCCUACGCGACGCAGGCUGGAACGACGUGUGGAUGCAAUGCCACGCGGCCGAGAUGAUGCUCUACCUGAAGGAAGAGAUCGACGCGCCGUCACCCCCCGAAGAGCUCGAGGCGCGGGACAAGGCGAUCGACGCGGGCCUCAGACUCUGCGCGGCCGUCGAGACCGCGCUCAAUGCGGGCGACACAGAUCUGGCAGGGUACGACAUGACGGCCCCCGUGAUGUGGUACGUGUGCGGGCGGAGCUUCCACCACCUCGCGCGCCGCGUGGAGGCCAGUGGCGUGCAAGCGGACAGGGAGCGCGCAGAACUGCUCAGGGAGAAGCUCCAGUUCCUCGUCGAGGCGACGCAGAAGAUGCAGAAGGCCAUGCGGCUUGCCGAGGUGCAUGCCCAGAUGCUGUACAAUGUCAGCAACGACAGCGAGAUCAUGCUCGGAGAGUAUGUCCGCCCGGAUAAUGUCGAUGUCAACGUUAGCGUGGAGGGGGUUUAG